AUGUCUGAUCUCGAGAAGCCAGCAAUUCCAUUUGAUGCUGAGAAGGAGCUUCCUGCUCCUCUCGCAGAUGCUAUACGUAAUGGCAGUGUAGACAAAGCUAUCCUACAACAUGCUGGAGAUGCAGAUGAGGCCUUGAAGGCCUUCGCUUCACAUCAGGGAGAGGUCAUUGAACUCGACGAAGCCACCAACAAGCGUCUAUUACGGAAGAUUGACUGGAACCUGAUGCCAGUCAUGUGCAUCGUCUAUGGACUGAACUACCUGGACAAGACGACACUUUCCUAUGCUUCCGUCAUGGGAUUGAAAAAAGACACACACCUAGAAGGACUUGACUACCAAUGGCUGAGUUCAAUGUUCUACUUCGGAUACCUCGCCUGGGAAUACCCAACAAACAGAUUACUGCAACGGCUACCAUUGGGAAAAUACUCGGCUUGCAACAUCAUUCUCUGGGGCAUGACUUUGAGCACAUUUGCUGCCGUCAAGGACUUUUCAGGCGGAGUCGCUGUGCGUUUUAUGCUUGGAGUUACUGAAGCUGCUGUUACACCUGGAUUUGCCCUGUUGACAUCUCAGUGGUACACUAAGAAAGAGCAAGGUUCUCGCACAAGUAUCUGGUUCUCCUUCAACGGCUUCGCACAAAUCUUCGGCGGUUUGGUAGCUUAUGGCAUCGCAAAAGGUACGCGUCUCCACGGCUCCGCCAUUGAGCCCUGGAAGAUCAUUUUUUUGGUCACUGGAUGCUUGACAAUCUGCGUCGGAUUUAUCUUUCUCUGGGUUGUUCCAGACAGUCAGCUCAAUGCACGUUUCCUUAGCAAGGAAGAUCGAGUCCUCGCUAUUGAGCGUGUCAGAUGCAACCAACAAGGUAUCGGAAACAAGCAUUUCAAAAUGUAUCAGCUCAAGGAAGCGCUUCUGGAUCCUCUGACUUGGGCAUUCUUCUUCUAUGCUUUGGUCGCUGAUAUUCCCAAUGGCGGCAUCUCUAACUUCUUCUCCCAGCUGAUCACAUCCUUCGGCUACACAGCAGAAGAAUCUCUCCUCUACGGUACACCCGGCGGCGCCGUCGAAGUAAUCGCUCUCCUCGUCUGCGGAUACCUCGGCGAUCGCUUCGGAAACCGCUUGUUAGUCGCAACAUCCGGCCUCUGGAUCUCCAUCCUAGGAAUGCUCUUGAUCGUCUGCCUGCCUCUCCACAAUAACAUCGGACGUCUAUUUGGUUAUUACCUCACUCAAGCCUCACCAACCUGUUUCGUCGCUCUCCUCAGUCUAAUCUCCACGAACGUAGCCGGAUGGACGAAGAAAACAACCGUAGCUGCCUUAUACUUGAUCGGUUACUGUGCAGGCAACAUCAUCGGUCCUCAGACUUUCCGUCCGAAAGAUGCACCACGAUAUGUUCCUGCUGAGAUUGUUAUUAUUGUAUGCUGGGCCGCCUGCAUCGUCGACAUCCUCUUCAUCUACUGGUACUGCAAGCGACAAAACAAAAAGAGAGCUGCUAUCCGUGCUUCACCCUCUUACGUCAAGUUGGAGAAUCAGGAAUGGUUGGAUCUCACCGAUCGCGAGAAUCCAGAGUUUGUGUAUACUUUGUAA